UACAGCUGAGAUUUCAGCUGGGUUCUCUACAGCUGAUGUUCGGAGAGUAGCUUUCUGGCAUAUGAGUUGUUGAUCCUAGGUUGUAGUGCUGCAACCUGAGUCCCGGCGUAUAUUAGGCAUGGCUUCUGACUGCCGUGAUGGCGCUGUUGAAAGAUAUCUGGAAUACCUCGUCCAUGCCCCAAUCAUUACCCCAAUCAGACAGUAGUGAGCGACAUACUCAUAGGCCUGUGUGGCGAAAUACGAGUGCUAUAGGGCUAGUAGGCUACCCUUUAUUCGCCAUGUUCGAUCUUAUGUCUCGCGACUAUCAUCACAACUUCGGAGCCUCUUCCGCAGCGCCGUCAAGUGUGCUGGUUAUGGCGAUAUCGCUGGUUACCACUUGGGCAGUUCGAAGGCCUAUAUCACGAGAGAUUACAGGCGUAGAGUCCAUACGUUCUCAAGAUCGACUGCUAGGGACUGCUAGGUACUGCACUGCACCUGAGUUUUCUUGUACUUGCACUACACGAUCUCUGGGUUUUAGCCUGUUCGCAAAGCGCCUUACUUUCGUGGCUGUAUCUUACUCUGUUGAACGAAAUGAGUUUGGGCUAUUCAUUUGGUAUGUUACUUUCAGAGAGGCAGAAGUCUCAAGAGAGGGACGGCUAUCUGGACAUACACCAGUUUGUAGGAGCUGCAUCGUUCAGCUUUUGGCCUACAGUGUGUCUUAUGAUGUGGCUCACACACUCUGAUGAGACGAAAACCCGGGAAAAGAACCUCGAAGUAACACAGUUCAUAUGCCAGCCUACAAUACUACCGAAAUCGGGAGUUAGAUUAAGAGAUUUGGACUAAGCAGGGGCUCUAGGCUUAGCGAUAAUUCUGGUUGCA